CCUCUGUCAUGUGAUAGCUCGUCCGAGGAGCUGCUGUUGACAGUAGCCUCCUACCUUUAGAUGAAGCUAAAGUAAAACCACACAGGAGAGAAGUUUAAUGUUAGUUGGAGAAGAUAAACACGACUCGUUUCUGACGGACAACAGGGAAGCUGGGGUUGUGUAGCUUCGCCCCUUGGACGCUGUCAUGGGUUGCUGUUACAGCAGCGAGAACGAGACCACAGAGCAGGACCCUGAUGAACGUAAGCCGCUGAUCCCCCACCCAAACCCUGUCAGCAAACCCCCAAAUGGGACCGACUGGAUCACUACCAGUGUCCCUUCAGCGCGGACAGAUGAACAGGCUCUCCUUACAUCCAUCCUCACCAAGACUGCACAGAACAUCAUUGAUGUCUCAGCAGCUGACUCUGUCAUGAUGGAGCAGCAUGAAUACAUGGACAAAGCUCGGCAAUACAGUACAAAGCUGGCUGUGUUGAGCAACAGUCUGCCACAGAAGAAAGCCCUCACGCUCCCCUCCCUCACCAGCCAGCCCCACCAAGUGCUUGCAAGUGACCUGGUGCCAUACUCAGAUGUUCAGCAGGUGUCCAAGAUAGCAGCUUAUGCUUACAGUGCAAUCUCUCAAAUCAAAGUGGAUGCUAAAGAAGAACUGGUGGUCCAGUUUGCCAUUCCCUGAUUCUGCAACUCUGGCCCGCGUAUUGUUCCUCCCAUCCCGCUCUCUCUUUGUCACUUCUGCAUCCUCACCCUCCAGCCCAGCCUUUAUUAAAGCAUCUUGGUCCUUGUGCUUCUUAGUUAUGCCUCUAACUGCUACAAAGACAGAGAUGAUGUAGGAUUGCACCCCAUGGCUGUCAUUUGAUGUCCUUAAUUAUGGGUCAGUGACUAACUGUCAUCAUGAGAAAUGGAAGAUGGUUUACUGUAGAUGGGCCACUGGGAUGUUAUCUCAUAUUUAUGUACAAUAACAAAGCCUCCUCUGUAUGUGCGGAUCACAGGCGUUGUCAGAACCAGCUGUGGAAAAAUCAUCAUUCAUCCUUCUUGAUGAUCUCUCUUAUCUUUUUUUAAUGGUUUUCAGAGCCGUCUCAGUAUCUUGUUUUUUUUUUGUUUUUUUUUUCCCCCCAAGCCUGUGUACUCAGGCAAGCAAAGCUAGCUCUACACGGCCAACUGUUCUCCAAAGGCAUAGAAGAAUGUACAGUGUAUUCACCUAGGACAAAGCUGUAGGAUUUUGUCACAAACCAUUGGCUAUUGGUGUAUAUACUUGAUACAGUUUCCACUGGAACAGGAGAAAUGAGUAAUCUCUGGCAGGCAAGAAUUUAAAUGAUCACAGUACCAUAUGUGCAAGUGCAGUGGUCGAGUAUUUUAGCCAUUUAGCUGGAUAAACAUGCAACAUGGCUUAAAAGUUUGCCCUUCACGUGUCUUUAACAUCCUAGGAUGACACUGCCUAUUCUCAAUCCUUGCACAGCAAAAAAAUUUCAAAAUUGCAGCCAAAAACAAGGGAAUAUGUUUUCUCUUAAGGAUAAGAUGUCAUUAUAACUUACAAGGUUGUAAAAACUAAAGUCCUGCAUCAAACAUCCCACAGUAAUCUGGUGGCACACUGCACCAAGAACCAUAUCUCACAACAGCCUAAACAUGAACCAGUAAACCAACCUGACUUGACUAAAUUUCAUUGAGAUUUCAUUGUAAUGUUUAAAAAUACAGUGAGAACAGGUCUGGUGGGUUAUUUGUUGUCCAGAGUGCAAUCUGUUACUCCAGUUGAGGCCAAAUCAUGAGUAAUUGGUCCAUGGCUGGUGUCCUCUGGUGGGUGAGGAUGCUAACAGAAGCAGGUGAGGGGAGAGUGAUGGGUGGGCCUACUAAUGUCACUGGGGGCAUGAAAAGAUGGAGCUUUCUUCGGGCACAGGCUCUGGAGUUUACAGACGGCACUGUGUCCUCUGCAGUUUUCUAGCACUAACAAAAUGAGCUGACAGACUCUUUAUCGAAUCCAAUCCCAGAAAUUCACACAUGUAAAAGCAGUGGAGACAUACAGAGAUGAAGGGGGUGGGUGUGUGGAGGGUGCAGGGACAGAUAUCCUGUAUUCGCAUCGCCUUUGUACAGAAUUUUCUGAUUGAGUAUAAAAACAGAUGAUGGAUUGUAUGAAGUUCCUCUUUUUGCAGAGAGUUCAUUGGUCAGGAUUGGCUCAGACCUUGUGGUGAUGAUAAAAGUUUUUAUGAAAUGCAAGAACACUUUGAAGGCUUGCGUUUGUUAGCUUUUAAACAAAGCUUUUCGCUGCAGAUUGUAAUAUGACCAAGUUGUUCAUAUUAAUCAGAAACUAACCGUUGUAGCUGUGUGGGAGAGCGUUAACAAUCCAUGUACCACCACAGAUAAAAUGAUCCGAGACCUUAUUGUGAUAAUUUAUUUGUGUUUUUCUUAAAAUGUAUAUUUGCUCUUCAGAGGAGAGCAUGCGACUAUGCGUGGGAGCACGGUGAGCCGCUCUUGAGUCUGUAAAGGGAUGAUCUGCAAGGCUGUGAUUAUUUCAACCACGCAAUUGAUUUGAGCUUUCUGCAAUGGGUUCUUGGCAUUUUUUUUUUUUGUUUUGUUUGUUACUCAAAUGUGUUAUACUACCUGAUGUUUGUAAUAUCUUAGGCUAGUACCAAAAAGUUUUAAGAUUUUUUUUUUUGUUUGUUUGUUUUUGGUUUAAUUAAUUCAUUAAAAGUUUUCAACAUA